AUUAAAAAAAGAAAAAAAGGUCCGCUCCGCCCAGCAAAUAAUGCUUGUUUAGGAUCACGUGACUCGUUAGGUACAAAUUAGAAUUCUCUCCAGUAGGUCUUCCCACUGUGAGUUAGGAUCCCAGCGUCUUCAGAUCUUUUGCUUUUGCUGCUCCCACGCUUGAUCCACAUCAACCAUGUGCGACGACGAUAUUGCCGCUCUCGUAGUAGACAAUGGCUCCGGCAUGUGCAAGGCCGGUUUCGCCGGUGAUGACGCCCCAAGGGCCGUCUUCCCCUCCAUCGUCGGACGCCCCAGGCACCAGGGUGUGAUGGUGGGCAUGGGUCAAAAGGACAGCUACGUGGGUGAUGAAGCUCAAAGCAAGAGAGGUAUCCUCUCCCUCAAGUACCCCAUCGAACACGGCAUCGUCACAAACUGGGAUGACAUGGAGAAGAUCUGGCAUCACACCUUCUACAAUGAGCUCCGAGUCGCCCCCGAGGAGCACCCUGUCUUGCUCACUGAGGCUCCACUCAACCCAAAAGCCAACAGGGAAAAGAUGACCCAAAUCAUGUUUGAGACCUUCAACAGUCCUGCCAUGUACGUCGCCAUCCAGGCCGUACUCUCCCUGUACGCUUCCGGCCGUACCACCGGUAUUGUACUUGACUCUGGUGAUGGUGUUUCCCACACUGUACCCAUCUAUGAAGGUUAUGCUCUUCCUCACGCCAUUUUGCGAUUGGACUUGGCUGGACGAGAUCUCACCGACUACCUCAUGAAGAUCCUCACUGAGAGGGGAUAUUCUUUCGUCACCACAGCUGAGCGAGAAAUCGUUCGCGACAUCAAGGAAAAGCUCUGCUACGUGGCCCUGGACUUCGAGCAGGAGAUGGCCACCGCCGCUUCCUCCUCCACCGUCGAGAAGUCCUACGAGUUGCCCGACGGACAGGUCAUCACCAUCGGAAACGAGCGCUUCCGUACCCCAGAAGCCCUCUUCCAACCCUCUUUCCUCGGAAUGGAAUCCAACGGCAUCCAUGAGACUACCUACAACUCCAUCAUGAAGUGCGACGUCGACAUCCGCAAGGACCUCUACGCCAACAGCGUCCUCUCCGGAGGUACCACCAUGUACCCCGGUAUCGCCGACAGGAUGCAGAAGGAGAUCACCGCCCUCGCACCCUCCACCAUGAAGAUCAAGAUCAUCGCACCCCCCGAGAGGAAGUACUCCGUAUGGAUCGGAGGAUCCAUCCUCGCCUCCCUCUCCACCUUCCAGCAGAUGUGGAUCUCCAAGCAGGAGUACGACGAGGCCGGUCCCAGCAUUGUCCACCGCAAGUGCUUCUAAGCACGACGCUCUUCGUCACCAGAGACAUUUGGAUUAUAUUUAAUCUCGGUUGCCGCCGCUCUUUUCCAACUUGCUGUAAGAUAAGGCUGAUGCUUAACUCACAGAUUGUGGUAUACUGGUGUAAUUCCUAUCACAAUUAAAGUCAAUGUAAUAUUUU